AUGGUUAGAGUUGCUUUCGUUUCUAUCUGCCUGGCAGCCAUUCCCGGCGCCAUCGGGGCCACUCUCAUCGCUUCGCAUUACAGCGGCCAACUGUACACUCUCAACUUGUCGUCCACAAACCAGCUUACUAUCGCAAAAUCAGUCAGCUCUGGAAACCGCAUGCCAGCAUGGCUCGACCUCGACUCUACGUCAAAGACUGUCUAUAUUCCCGACGAAAUCCAAUGGGGCCAGCCGCUUCUGAAAAGCUUCUUGGUCGCAGCUGAUGGUAGCCUGACACCGAAAGGCCAAGUGCAAACGGCUGGUGGCGAGCUCCACAGCACGCUGUAUGGAGGAUCGGAUGGCAAGGGAUUCGUCGCUUUAGCACAGUAG